CAAGGGUUCUCUCGGGCCGGGGCCAGCGCCGGGGGCGCUCCCCGCGCUGCACGUGGCCGGGCCUGCUCCCGGGCCCCUCAGGACUCGGCCCCGAGCGGGGGCUGCGGGGGGGAGGCCCCCGAGCCGCGUGUUUUCCACUGCGCGUUAUGUUUGGAGACUUCCCCGCGCCGCCUGUCGCCAGGGAAACAAAACAGGGGCGGCGGCGGCCGGAGAGGGGCCGAGCGGGAGCCGGCGGGGGAGGCGGGCGCGCUGGCGCUGUUGCCGGGUAACGGGGACCCAGGCGCCGCGCCCUGCCCCCCAUCCGGGUCACGGCCGGUUCGCCCGCACCCCGGGGUGCCCCCGCCCUGCCCGGUCCCUCUGCGGGGUUUCCCUGCUCCCUCCCUCCCCGGCGCCCCUUUCCACCUGGACGGAGGUCUCCCCUCCUUUCUCGCGCACUGUUUCACACGCGCCCCCCAAAGCCUGGCGGGCGCUUCCAGACGGCUCACUAGGAGGAAAAAUGGAGGCACGGACACAGAUCAGUGGGCCCCCCGCCCCAUUAAAGCGUGCUCGCUUGGUCUGAGCAGCAAACUUGGUGCCAUGUGGGCAUCCCCGGGACGCUAGAGGGAGCGAGGCUUGGCCACUCCCUUGGCAUCCUCUCGUGCCAACUGUGGAGUAAUGCCCACUAGCUGACGCUGCCUGGCCGACUGUGGCUUCCAGAAAUGAGAAGUGGUGGCCCCCAACGAUGCUCUCAGCGGAUGAGGGGCCCCUGGGCCCGCAGACCCUCAGGGACCGACGACCUGCAGGGAGGCCCUGGCGCUCCUCCCAAGUUGCCCCUGACUCCCCUGGGGCCGGGGAUGCCUCCAGGGUGAUUGGCAGCUCUUUGUUUCAGCCCCCCUCCCCCCCCCCCCGCCAUCCUGUCCUGCCGGCCCCCCCCCUGCAACUCCCCCUUCCAGUCCCUCCGCCCCCCUCUCCGGCUCUCCCCGCCUAGCCUUUCCCCUCCCAGCUGCCUGCCUGCCAGGGGUGGUGAGCCGGCCGAGCGGCAUGGAGGCGCAGGGACUGCGAGGGGCCCUGGCUCUUCUUCUCCUUGGCACCUUGGCCUCUGCCAGUCAGAACCUGCAGGUAAUUGACCUGCUGACCGUGGGGGAGUCCCGGCAGAUGGUCGCUGUGGCCGAGAAGAUCCGGACCGCCCUGCUCACUGCCAGCGACAUCUACCUCCUGUCCACCUUCCGCCUGCCCCCGAAGCAGGGUGGUGUCCUCUUUGGCCUCUACUCCCGCCAAGAUAACACCCGCUGGUUGGAGGCCUCUGUCGUGGGCAAGAUCAACAAAGUGCUGGUGCGGUACCAGCGAGAGGAUGGCAAGACGCAUGCUGUGAACCUGCAGCAAGCGGGCCUGGCCGACGGGCGCACGCACACAGCUCUCCUGCGGCUCCGAGGCCCGGCCCGGCCCAGCCCGGCCCUGCAGCUCUAUGUGGACUGCAAGCUGGGUGACCAGCACUCUGGCCUGCCGGCGCUGGCCCCCAUCCCCCCAGCGGAGGUGGGAGGGCUGGAGAUGAGGACAGGCCAGAAGGCCUACCUGAGGAUGCAGGGCUUCGUGGAGUCCAUGAAGAUGAUCCUGGGUGGCUCCAUGGCCCGGGUCGGGGCCCUGAGUGAGUGUCCGUUCCAGGGGGACGAGUCCAUCCACAGUGCAGUGACCAAUGCACUGCACUCCAUCCUAGGGGAGCAGAGCAAGGCGCUGGUCACCCAGCUCACCCUCUUCAACCAGAUCCUGGGCGAGCUGCGGGACGACAUCCGAGACCAGGUGAAGGAAAUGUCCCUGAUCCGCAACACCAUCAUGGAGUGUCAGGUGUGCGGCUUCCACGAGCAGCGCUCCCACUGCAGCCCCAACCCCUGCUUCCGCGGCGUGGACUGCAUGGAGGUGUAUGAGUACCCGGGCUUCCGCUGUGGGCCCUGCCCCCCGGGCCUGCAGGGCAACGGCACCCACUGCUCGGACAUCAAUGAGUGCGCGUUGGCGGACCCCUGCUUCCCAGGCUCCAGAUGCAUCAACACUGCGCCCGGCUUCCACUGCGAGGCCUGUCCUCCCGGCUACAAGGGCACACGCGUGUCCGGUGUGGGUGUGGACUACGCCCGGGCCAGCAAACAGGUCUGCAACGACAUCGACGAGUGCAACGAUGGCAACAAUGGCGGCUGCGACCCCAACUCUGUCUGCACCAACACCGUGGGCUCCUUCAAGUGCGGCCCCUGUCGCUCAGGCUUCCUGGGCAACCAGAGCCAGGGCUGUUCUCCGGCCCGGACCUGCCACAGCCCCGCGCACAGCCCCUGCCACGUGCACGCACACUGCCUCUUUGAGCGUAAUGGGGCCGUGUCCUGCGCGUGCAACGUAGGCUGGGCCGGGAACGGGAACGUGUGUGGGCCCGACACGGACAUCGACGGCUACCCUGACCAGGCGCUGCCUUGCAUGGACAACAACAAACACUGCAAACAGGACAACUGCCUGCUGACACCCAACUCUGGCCAGGAAGAUGCGGAUAACGACGGUGUGGGGGACCAGUGUGAUGACGACGCCGAUGGGGAUGGGAUCAAGAAUGUGGAGGACAAUUGUCGGCUGUUCCCCAACAAGGACCAGCAGAAUUCGGACACAGACUCGUUUGGCGAUGCCUGUGACAACUGUCCCAAUGUCCCCAACAAUGACCAGAGGGACACAGAUGGCAACGGGGAAGGCGAUGCCUGUGACAAUGACGUGGACGGGGACGGUAUCCCCAAUGGACUGGACAAUUGCCCCCGUGUCCCCAACCCCCUUCAGACAGACAGGGAUGAAGACGGGGUAGGGGAUGCAUGUGACAGCUGCCCUGAGGUGGGCAACCCAACCCAGACAGACGCAGACAGUGACCUGGUGGGGGACGUCUGCGACACCAAUGAGGACAGCGAUGGGGAUGGACACCAGGACACCAAGGACAACUGCCCCCAGCUGCCCAACAGCUCCCAGCUGGACUCAGACAAUGACGGACUUGGCGACGAGUGUGAUGGUGAUGACGACAAUGAUGGCAUUCCAGACUAUGUGCCUCCUGGCCCUGAUAACUGUCGCCUGGUCCCCAAUCCCAACCAGAAGGACUCGGAUGGCAAUGGCGUUGGCGACGUGUGUGAAGAUGACUUUGACAAUGACGCGGUGGCAGACCCCCUGGAUGUGUGCCCCGAGAGCGCAGAGGUCACACUCACAGAUUUCCGGGCCUAUCAGACUGUCGUCUUGGAUCCCGAGGGGGAUGCUCAAAUUGACCCCAAUUGGGUGGUGCUAAACCAGGGCAUGGAGAUUGUGCAGACCAUGAACAGUGACCCCGGCCUGGCAGUUGGCUACACGGCCUUCAACGGCGUGGACUUUGAAGGCACCUUCCACGUGAACACGGUCACCGACGACGACUACGCGGGCUUUCUCUUCAGCUACCAGGAUAGCGGCCGCUUCUAUGUGGUCAUGUGGAAGCAGACGGAGCAGACCUACUGGCAGGCCACUCCCUUCCGGGCUGUUGCCCAACCCGGCCUGCAGCUCAAGGCAGUGACUUCAGUGUCCGGCCCAGGGGAGCACCUCCGGAAUGCCCUCUGGCAUACUGGCCACACCCCUGACCAGGUCCGACUGCUGUGGACUGACCCACGAAACGUGGGCUGGCGUGACAAGACCUCCUACCGUUGGCAGCUGCUGCACCGGCCUCAAGUUGGCUACAUCCGGGUGAAGCUCUAUGAGGGUCCCCAGCUAGUGGCAGAUUCUGGGGUGAUCAUUGACACAUCCAUGAGAGGGGGGCGUCUCGGAGUAUUCUGCUUCUCGCAAGAAAACAUCAUUUGGUCCAAUCUGCAAUAUCGCUGCAAUGACACGGUGCCUGAGGACUUUGAGCCGUUCCGGAGGCAGCUGCUCCAGGGAAGAGUGUGACCUGUUGCCAGUCGCCUGUCUGAUUCAGAAUUCAGAUUUUAGACCCUUUGGCCUUUGGGUCCGUCCUGGAGAGCCCUGGAGUCUCAUCCACAGCCCCUCAGCCAAAACACAGACGACCCAGCUCUGGCACCCGCCAGUAGUUCAGCCCCCAGGGGCGGUGACCCCACUGCUCCAAUGGGAACUUUUCCAGGGGUACUUCUCAGGCACUAACCCCAGGAAGAAAAUAACAGCACAUCA